AUGCCGAUAGUAAUUGAGCUACAGGAACUGAACACUAAAAUCAAGACUCUUAAUGACACUCUUAUAUUCCCUGUUUCUUUCACAGGUGUUCUGCUCUAUGAGACUUUGGCAUGGGAAGUGAGAAUGCCAUCAGAAAUUCAUGGCCUUAAAGGUUCCUGUCUGGUUAUAACGUGCUCUUACUCUUACACUUCAAACCCACCAACUAACCCACGUAGAGUUGUGUGGUAUCAGUGGGUGUCGAUUGGCUACCCCUUAGUUUGUGAUCCCUUGAAUCCAGACAGUGUUAUUGACAAGUUCAGAGGAAAAACUGAUAUAUAUAGGCAUAACAACUCAGAUCAAGAUUGUAGUCUGCUGAUCAAAAGCGUGGAUCCGUCCCACAAUGGAGAAAAAUUAUAUACAUGGAUUGACCGAGAAAAUAUUGGAAAAAGCUCCUACAAGUUUUAUGAUGUCACCUCCACGAUUAUUGUUGACACAAAUCCACAGCAGCCCAUCAUUAAUAUUUCUGGAGGUUUAAAGAUCGGUGACAACAUUACAGUAGCGUGUUACACCUACCACACCUGUCCAUACAGCAAACCAAACAUCACUCUGAAGGGUAUUGAAGGAUCUGAUCAAAUAGAUGAUGUCCUUAUGGAAAAUGGUCAAUGGAAAACCACUCUGACACGCACCGGUGUUGUGAAGGCUGAACGCUUAGAUUUUGACUGUACUGUAACACAUCAUGGAGGCAUAUCAACAAGAGCUGCAAAAUCAGAAAGUGCAAAAUGUGUCUAUUAUAAUAUAACCAUUGAGCCUAAACAGGCAGCAGAUAUCACAGAGGGUGUUGAUAUGAACUUCACUUGUACCGUCCAUCAUUCCUGCCAGACGAAUCCUCCAAUCCUCUCCUGGAACUAUGAGAAUAUUUCAGUCAAAAAUGAUACGAAACAACUUACAGGAUUUGAAUGGGCCACCUUUUCCACCAUAACCUUUUUGGGGGCAAAGAAAGACGAUGGGAAGAUAUUGAUCUGCACUGCAAAUGUUUCUGGACAGAAGAUCACAGCAUCUGUCGACUUACAUGUACAACCUUUUUCCCAGAAUGAAACCAAAGUGAUGACCUUUGACAUGAUGACAAUUGGGCUUUACCUUCUAGCCCCCUCAUUUGGCUUUCUUCUCAUUUGCAUAUUUGCUGGAGUCAUCAUAUACAGGAAGUGUAACAGGUCAAAUGUGGUUGCGGCAGGCAAGACUUUCUCUAAAGGCCGUAUACCAUCACAAAAGAGCCAGGUGAGUCCCCAAAUUGACAAGACGGCAGUCCGAGACCUAACACCAAGGAUUUGGGGGCUGGCAGGAUAUUAUAGAGGGUUUGUGCCUAAUUAUUCGGACCUUACCAGCUCCUUGAUUGAUCUCACUAAAAAGGAAUCUCCAGACCCGGUGCAUUGGACGGAGCUGUGUCAGCAGACUGACGUGUUUGACAGAGAUGCAGUCCUGUGCCAUGAGAUAGAGAGUGAAAAGAGUGAGCAGGUGCUGUAA